AUGGGUUCUGUUGUUGGGAGGACAUCCACAGAGAUUCUACCGUACGAAGUCAUCAAAGAUGCUCCAGCCUAUGAAAUUCGCCUGUACAACCAACAUCCUGUAGUGCAGGCUGAAUGGCAAGCUGACUCAAGAAGCACCUUCUUUACACUUGCUGACUACAUUGGCGCAUUCGACGUCCCUAAAAACUCAGAGUCGAAGAAGAUCGCCAUGACAGCCCCCGUAGAAUGCCUUGCUAACGGAGACAAGUUCAGCUUCAUGCGGUUCUUUCCUCCCCAAGAAUUCGACACAGCAGAAUCAAUGCCUGCGCCAGUAUCAAGCGCCGUAACCGUGCAACCCUUACCGAAACGCUUUGUUGCUGCUCGCCGUUUUUCCGGCUCCGUUGACUUGAAUAACCCGAAGACAGACCCAUCUGUUAGGCCCCAGAUGCUCCACUUAAUCCGUGCGCUAUUAAAUGACGGCUUCAUCAAGAGCGACGAACCGUGCGAUACGGAUGAAGCCGUGUGGCAGCAGCUGGACAAAGGGCAUCUGAGGGAUGGGGCGACGGGGGAUGUUAUGCAGUGGUCUCUCGCAGUUUACGACCGUCCACUCUCCAUCCCCUUCUUUCGUAGAAACGAAAUUUGGAUUUGGUUGUCUCCAGACGUAGCAGAACGGGUGCACUAG